AUGAAUAUUAAUGAGAAAGAUAAAUUAGCUGAACAAAAUUUAGAAAACUUAGAUGUAACUAAAUUGACUCCUUUAAGUGAAGAUGUAAUUAGCAGACAAGCCACGAUCAAUUUGGGUACUAUUGGUCAUGUUGCUCACGGAAAAUCAACACUCGUUCAUGCGAUUUCAGGUGUUCAUACAGUUAGAUUUAAACAUGAAAAAGAAAGAAAUAUUACUAUAAAAUUAGGAUAUGCAAAUGCUAAAAUAUAUAAAUGCACAAAUCCUGAAUGUAGACCACCAGAAUGCUAUAAAUCAUAUGAAAGUAGUAAAGAAGAUGAUCCGAUGUGCCCUCGUGAAAAUUGUAAUCAUAAAAUGAAGUUAUUAAGACAUGUUUCUUUUGUUGAUUGUCCAGGUCAUGAUAUAUUAAUGGCUACUAUGUUAAAUGGUGCAGCAGUAAUGGAUGCAGCACUUUUAUUAGUCGCUGGUAAUGAAUCAUGCCCGCAACCACAAACAUCAGAACAUUUAGCUGCUGUUGAAAUUAUGAGAUUAAAACAUAUUUUAAUUUUGCAAAACAAAGUAGAGUUAAUUAAAGAAGAACAAGCAUUAAAACAACAAGAAGAAAUAAGAAAUUUUGUUUCGGGUACAGCUGCAGAUAGUGCACCUAUUAUCCCUAUUAGUGCAGUUUUAAAAUAUAAUAUUGAUGUUGUAUGUGAAUAUAUAGUUACACAGAUAAGUAUACCAAAAAGAGAUUUUAUAUCUCCUCCCCAUAUGAUCGUCAUUAGAUCCUUCGAUGUUAAUAAACCAGGUGAAGAUAUUGAAACAUUACAAGGGGGAGUUGCUGGUGGAAGUAUUUUACAUGGAGUUUUAAAAGUAGGUGAUAAAAUUGAAAUAAGACCAGGUAUAAUAUCAAAAGAUGAAAAAGGAGAAAUUACUUGCAGACCUAUUAUAUCACAAAUAUUAACGAUGUUUGCAGAAAAUAAUAAUUUAAAAUAUGCUGUACCAGGAGGGUUAAUUGGAGUUGGAACAAGAAUUGAUCCAAUUUUAACAAGAGCUGAUAGAUUAGUUGGUCAAGUUAUUGGUCAUUUAAAUAAAUUACCAGAUUGCUUUGCAGAAAUUGAAAUAUCAUAUUAUUUAUUAAGAAGAUUAUUAGGUGUUAAAUCGCAAGAUGGAGAAAAAAAUACAAAAGUAGCCAAAUUAAAAAAUGGAGAAUUUCUUAUGAUCAAUAUAGGAUCUACUUCUAUUGGAUGUAGAGUUACAGGUAUUAAAACAGAGCUAGCCAAACUUGAAUUAACUGGACCUGUGUGUACAAAAAUUGGAGAUAAAAUAGCUUUAAGUAGGAGAGUUGAUAAACAUUGGCGUUUAAUUGGAUGGGGACAAAUUAAUAAAGGAAAACCACUAGAACUACAAGAACCAAUUUAA